AUGCAUAUAUAUUGUUCACAUCGUUUCUUGAACAUUUUUUUAAAGCCAUAAUACAUAUUGAUGAUUAGUGAUGUUGUUAGCAUUGAUUUGGUUUGUUGGGUUUGCUUCUGUAGCAGCUCGUUUGCCAGCUCAAGAGUUGGAAUCUCUGAGGGUAAUAGCAGGGAGGUUGGGAAAAGGGGAUUGGGAUUUCGACGUGGAUCCAUGCAGCGGGUUGUCGGGCUGGGCGACCCGGAACCCGGUUCAAGGCUUCGAAAAUGCAGUGACUUGCGACUGUGGAUUCGGCAAUAGCACUACUUGCCACGUCACUAGCAUAGUUCUGAAUGCCCAAAAUCUUAAUGGAUCGCUACCAGUUGAGUUCGUGAGGCUCCAAUUCCUUCAACAGAUUGAGCUCAGCCGGAACUUCCUCUACGGCACCAUCCCUCCACAAUGGGGUUCCUUGAAGUUUGUAAACAUUUCUCUGAAUGGAAACCGUAUUACUGGCUCGAUACCAGAAGAGCUCGCAAACAUCACUUCGCUUCAACAGCUGGAUUUGGAGUACAAUCAGUUGUCCGGAACUAUACCUCCCGAGUUUGGGGAUCUUCCUCAAAUACGAAGACUACUAUUUACCUCCAACAAUCUAACCGGAGAAUUGCCUCCAAGUCUAGCAAAACUAACCACUUUGACAGAUUUUCGUGUUAGUGAUAACAACUUCAUCGGAAGCAUACCAAAUUUUAUCCAGAACUUGACAAAUAUGGAAAAAUUAGUGAUUCAGGCUAGCGGUCUAGCUGGGCCGAUCCCUUCUGGUAUUGCUUCCUUAACCAAAAUGACUGACCUGAGAAUCAGCGACUUGAAUGGGAACGAUUCAAGUCUACCAUCUCUUAGUCCAUUGAAAAAGCUAAAGACACUAAUAUUGAGAAGUUGCAACAUAGUCGGAACAUUGCCAGAGUAUAUUGGGAAUAUGACGACACUUAAACUCUUAGAUCUAAGUUUCAACAAAUUAAAAGGGCCAUUACCUGAGAGCUUUAUUAAUCUAUCAAAAACGGAGUACAUCUAUUUAACCGGGAAUUCCCUGACUGGGCCGCUGCCGGAUUGGAUGCUGAAAGACAGGAAAGGCAUUGACUUGUCAUACAACAACCUUACAUAUGGAAGUUUACCAGCAGAGUGUCGGAACUCUGAAGUGCUCAUCAGCUGUUUUUCAACAAUGCAUGCAGAGAUCGAAGAAAAGGAGAUUGAAGAAAAACAAGUGAUUGCAGAAGCACCUAAUACCGGCAAGAAACUCAGGAAACUGCGAGAGCAUAACUUUAGGAGCUUAUUCUAUGUGUCACCAAGCCCGGCGCUCAGCGCUGCGCCAAGUCCGGAGGCUGAUGCUCCCGGAGAAGAUAGAAGCAGUAUUUUUGGAGGUGCUAUGAGCGUCGCACCAAGUCCGGCGCCAGAUGCUUCGGGAGAAGGUGGAAGCAGUACUUCUGGAGGUGCUAUGACCGUCACGACAAGUCUGGCGCCAGAUGCUUCGGGAGAAGGCGGAAGCAGUACUUCUGGAGGUGCUAUGAGCGUCACGCCAAGUCUGGCGCCAGAUGCUUCGGGAGAAGGCGGAAGCAGUACUUCUGGAGGUGCUAUAAGCGUCGCACCAAGUGCAGCGCCAGAUGCUUCGGGAGGUGCUAAGAGCGUCGCGCCAAGUCCGGCAGCUAAGGCUUCGGGAGGAGGUGGAAGCAGUAUCUCUGGAGGUGCUAUUGCUGGUAUAGUGAUGGUAGCUAUAUUCGCAGUUAUUUUGGUUCUGGGUGUUCUUUGGUGGAAGGGUUGUCUUACACGUAAAGAUUCGAUGCACAAUGAUUUGAAGGGUGGAUCAUUUACCCUAAGGCAACUCAAAGUUGCCACAAACAACUUCGCUCCUGCUAAUAAGAUAGGCGAAGGUGGUUUUGGUCCCGUAUUCAAGGGUGUUCUAUCGGACGGUACAAUCAUUGCUGUGAAGCAGCUUUCAUCGAAAUCAAAGCAAGGGAACCGCGAAUUCGUAAAUGAAAUAGGCAUGAUUUCCGCUUUACAACAUCCUAAUCUUGUUAAGUUGUAUGGAUGCUGCAUGGAAGGCAAUCAGUUGAUGCUUGUGUACGAGUACAUGGAAAACAAUAACCUUGCUCGUGCAUUAUUUGGUCUAGAACACCAAUUGCAUUUGGAUUGGCCAAUGAGGCAAAAGAUCUGCGUCGGGAUAGCAAGGGGCUUGGCUUACCUCCACGAAGAAUCAAGGCUGAAAAUUGUCCAUCGCGAUAUCAAGGCUACUAACGUGCUUCUUGAUAAGAAAUUAGUCCCUAAAAUAUCUGAUUUUGGGCUCGCGAAGCUGCAUGAAGAAGAAGACACUCACAUAAGCACGCGCAUUGCUGGAACUUUUGGAUACAUGGCGCCCGAGUAUGCAAUGCGCGGAUAUUUGACGGAUAAAGCAGAUGUGUACAGCUUCGGAGUUGUCGUUUUGGAAAUUGUCAGUGGAAGGAGCAACAUAAGCAUCAAGCCCAAGGAGGAUAACUUUUAUCUUCUCGAUUGGGCUAUUUCCUUGAAAGCGAAAGGGAAUUUAUUGGAGCUAGUCGACCCAAGAUUAGAGUCAACCUUCAACAAGGAAGAGAUGGCGAGAGCUAUCAAUGUGGCGCUCAUUUGCACGAAUGUUGUAGCUGCAGAAAGGCCGAGUAUAUCAGCUGUAGUGACCAUGCUCGAGGGGAAAGAUGACAUUCCUAAGUUGGCUUCCGAGACACGCAUCUCAGUUGAUAAGACGAGACCCGGUGAAGUGGAGAUGGGUACAUUGGAUGGGGAGGGUGUUUCCAUGGAUGCGCCGAGGAGUGGUUCUUCAAAUUCUGCUGCUGAUCUCUAUCCACUUUCUGAGUAGAGAGUUACAGAGGAAACUUUUUGUGAAAAAUGAAACUAUGUAUUUAGAUCUGUUGGUAACUAUUUCACGUAGUUGGUCGAGUGUUAACCUUCUCUUCUUCCGCGGUUAAGGCCCGAACGCAUUUUUAUACUACAUCCGUCCCUUGUUAACUGAUUCACAUUCGUCCAAGUUAAAUGCGUCAUUUCUUUUUUCGGCAUUCUCUCUUA